CGCCCCGCGGCAAAGCCGGGCUGCAGCGUCGAGCUCGCCGUGCCGCUGGCGAUCCCAAGCGUGCUCGUGGAGACGUCCGUUCCUGUCGAGCCAUGGCAGCGGCAGCCCUCCGGCCUUGGUGCCUUCAGUUGAGGCUGCUGCUGCUGCUGCUGCUACUUUUGCUUUGGGCUGAUCCCGUGCGGCCCGACAGUAAGGUGUUCAGCAACCUGGACCAGGUACGGAUGACCUCAGAGGGCUCUGACUGCCGCUGCAAAUGCCUUCUGAGACCACUGAGCAAGGAUGCGUGCAACCGGGUACGAAGUGGGCGUGGACGAGCAGAGGACUUCUACACUGUGGAGACCCUGAGUUCAGGGACCGACUGUCGCUGCUCCUGCACUGCUCCUCCUUCCUCACUCAACCCCUGUGAGAAUGAGUGGAAGAUGGAAAAACUCAAGAAGCAGGCACCUGAGCUCCUCAAGCUGCAGUCUAUGGUGGACCUCCUGGAGGGUGCCCUGUAUAGCAUGGAUCUGAUGAAAGUGCAUGCCUACAUCCACAAGGUGGCCUCCCAGAUGAACACGCUGGAGGAGAGCAUUAAGGCCAACCUGAGCCAGGAGAACGAGGUGGUGAAAGACAGCAUACGCCACCUUAGUGAGCAGCUGAAGAGCUAUGAGAACCAGUCAGCCAUCAUGCUGAGCAUUAAGAAGGACCUGUCCAGCCUGGGCCUCCAGCUGCUGCAGAGGGAUGCGGCUGCUGUCCCUUCCGCUGCCUCAGCCUCAAGCUCUGACAGCAAAGCUCAGGACACAGCUGGAGGGCAAGACAAAGACCUCGACAAAUACGGCAGCAUACAAAAGAGCUUCUCAGACAAGAGCCUUGCAAAGUCUCCCCAGGAGAAGCAGCUGAAGGUGGAGAAGCUGAGGAAGGAGAGCAUCAAGGGCAGAUUACCCCACCCCACAGCCAGGCCACGUGCCCUAGCCCAGCAGCAGGCUAUGAUCCGAGGCUUCACCUACUACAAGGCGGGCAGGCAGGAGGCCAAACAAGAAGAACCGAAGGCCGCGGCUGACAACACCCUCAAGGGAACUUCCUGGCUGGAGAAAGUACCACCCAAGAUGGAGGCCAAGCUUCUAGAACCAAACUCCGUCAAACAUAAUGGAGUCAUGCUGAAGGCUUCAGAACGACCCAACUUGGCUCCUCACAUCUCUACUUCCACCCCAAGUCCUGCCACCACUCCCUGGCACACCGAGCCACCUUUGCAUCCAGAAGUCCCAAGCCAAGGUAAGGUCAGCUGUGAGGGCACCCUCCAAGCUGUGGACCCCCCUGUGAAGCACCACAGUUAUGGGCGCCAUGAAGGGGCUUGGAUGAAGGACCCUGCAGCUCUAGAUGACAGGAUCUACAUCACCAACUACUACUAUGGAAACAGCCUGGUGGAGUUUCGGAACCUGGAAAAUUUCAAACAAGGGCGGUGGAGUAACAUGUACAAGCUACCCUACAACUGGAUAGGCACGGGCCAUGUGGUGUACCAGGGCGCCUUCUACUACAACCGUGCAUUCACCAAGAACAUCAUCAAAUAUGACCUGCGCCAGCGCUUUGUGGCUUCCUGGGCAAUGCUGCCUGACGUGGUAUACGAGGACACCACGCCCUGGAAGUGGCGUGGCCACUCAGACAUUGAUUUUGCUGUAGACGAGAGUGGUCUGUGGGUCAUCUACCCAGCUGUGGAUGAGCGAGAUGAAGCCCAGCAUGAGGUGAUUGUGUUGAGCCGCCUCGACCCCCGAGACCUCUCUGUGCACCAAGAGACCACGUGGAAGACACGGCUGAGGAGGAACUCCUAUGGGAACUGCUUCCUGGUGUGUGGUAUCCUGUAUGCUGUGGAUACGUACAACCAGCACGAAGGCCAGGUGGCCUAUGCCUUCGACACCCACACAGGCACUGAUGCUCACCCACAGCUGCCCUUCCUCAAUGAGUAUUCCUACACCACUCAAGUUGACUACAACCCCAAGGAGAGGGUGCUGUACGCCUGGGACAAUGGCCACCAGCUCACCUACACCCUCCACUUUGUGAUCUGAAUGGGCACCUAUGUUCACAGGGGAGGGCAGUAGAGGAGCAGGGGCUGUCCCUAGCAACUCCUGCAACUGCUGUCAGUAUCAGUUGGGGGUGUCCUGGGCAGGUGUUAGCAGGUGACACUUGCUUCCCCUGCAGAAUGUUGUGCUGAGGGCUUUUCCUGCAUUUACCCUUCUGAUUCUUUCCACUGCUUCCUGUGGAGGCAGAGAUCCUUAAGCCCACUGAGCAGAGGAGGUGACUGAAGCCCCGCGGAGCAACAUCUCAGUCACAGUAGGGCAGGCUGUGUUCCCACGAUAGCCACAUUUUAUAGAUGAGAUGACCUCGUCUAGUUCGUCCCCUCUCCAGGACCCUUCCCACUGAGGUCUCUGGGUCCUCUGUGCUGAUGCUCUGGAGCUCCAGGCCCCUCUUCUGGUUGAUGCUGGCGACCUUGAGCCCAGAGCCUCUUGACCUGGGGUCAGCCACAAAGCAGGAACCACACCCUGAAGCAAGCACUGCCUCCCUCCGUAGCUACUUCUUGUCUUCCUGCUCCUUGCACGUUCUCAGCAGCUGAGAAGGAAAAGGCAACUCAGCUGUGGUAGGGUAGGGUGCUGGUCUGAGUUCCCGCCAUCUCAGCUCCUGUACCAGAAGCCUUGCUAGGCCUUGGCCAUCCAAUAGGCCUUGGAUCCUUCCCUAUCCUUUCCCAAAGGUUUGGGCCUGGGGUUCUUUAUGGGCCUUCAAAGCUAGUCUGUUCACACUCAGGGUUUGCCAGGAGUAAGGCCUUUGUCUCUGGAGAGUGUGGUCCCAAGAUGGAACAGGCUUCCUCUUCCUUGUCCAUCCUGAGCUGGUCGCUUGGUGGGCUGGUUCAAUUCAGUAGAUUCAGUAGGGAAUCUGGGAAAUACAGGACAGAGGGGUUCAGAAGAGACCUUGGGCCUUGUUAGGUUGCAGGACAAAACCAGGAAGUAGAAGCAGGGAAAAAUAGCCUGCAGUCUCAGCGCCAGGAUUUUCUUUGAUAGAGUUCACAGGGUUAUGGACAUACAAUUGUAUAAGCUAUCCUACAAGGGGAUUGGCAGCUGCCCUGGGGCUGCUUGUGGCUCAGAAUCUCCAGACACAGGCAGGCCUGAGAACAUGACCAUUUAAGCCACCUAUGACUGCUUUGGACAUUCUUUUUAAAGAUGUAGAGAAACUUUUUUGCCCAUCUCCUUGUUUUACCAAAGAAAAUAUAGGUCCCAACAGUUCUAGGGUAUGGGGUGGAACCAUCCAGGGCAGGGUAUGGCUGAUCUCCUUUGGGAAAGCUCUGUACUCUCCUACAGAUCCUCAGCACCUUUGAAGGUGUCUACCAACGACCCCUACCCGGACCCUGGGCCCUUCCUUGUGCCCUGGGCCCACUCCUAAGAUACCUGCAGUGGGUACCAGCUGCCCACUGUUCAGUGCUGAUAGGCAGAUUUAGGUUGUCUGUAGACUUCAUUUCCUCCAGACAUUGCUGGGUGAUGUUUUGCUUAAGGAAUAACUCAUCCUGAAAUAAAGAGGGACAGUGACACCCAGCCCAGCCAGGUCUGACUCAUAGUGGUAGCCACACCCAGCUGACCACCACAGGCUCCCCUUCCAGCCUCUUCAGAGAACUUGGAAUCCCCUGUUCCCACCCUCCCUCCCCCCAAAGCCUGUGCACACCCUGACCUUUCCCUUGGUUCUGGGUGUGGGUUUGUUUUUUUUUUUUUUCAAGACUGUGUGUUUUGUGAUGUAAUAGCCCAACCCUGUGAGAGGUGCUAAGGCAGCUGCAGCAGUCUGCGGGAAGGGAACACUAGGAUACACUGGUUUGAAGAGUAAACACAUAUGGCAUAGUUUCCAGGGGUGGGGCAAGGGCCUGCCAUAGUGACCAGUCAUCCUUCAGGUCCCUUCUGUUUCCAGCCUUUGUGUGCUCUGUGGUAAUACAGUUCAUUUCUUCAUUUUAGAUAGUCACAGUGCAUGCCAGGUGAGUCACUUGUCACAUAGGCUGGCAAUGGAAAGUAACCUGUUCCUGUUAUCUGAGAAUCAUCAGUGUCCUCAACGGAGAGGGCCCACGGGCAUGUGGAGGCAAUGACGUGGAGGAAUUUGCCUAUGAUCACACAGCAGUGUAGUCUAUGGCAGAGCAAGGGGGUCAGGGCUCCUCAGAGCAUGCUUUUUGCCAUCUUCAUGCCACGCUGUCAGCAAGCUCCAGGAGGGAUGUUAGUUGCAGCCAUUCAAGAUGGCCAUGGGAAAAGCCAGCUUGUACAGAGCUUUGGGUGCCAAGCCAAGGAGUGGAUACAGCUAGCCAAGUCUAGAACAAAAUGGUGUAAUCUAACAGAGCCAAGAAAAUUCUGACUGGAUUUUAUCCUGUUGGUGAUGAAAAGCAGGGAAGGAGUUUUGAGUUUGCCAGUUUGUGAGCUCUAAAGGAAAUGUGCCUCCCGCUACCUCACACACAAACUCACAGACACCUUCACACACACACACACACACACACCACAUACAUGCACACCCUUCACACACACCACAUACCUUGGUGUGUAUUAUGUUGGGCAAUGGGUACUUCCUAGGAGGCAAGGCCUGGGCUGUAUAGAACUGCCCACUGACCUUUUUACAAGGGCAAACCAUCUAGUGUCUGAACAACUCUAGAGGUGAGGAGCUUUGGCUUCCAUCACUAAUUCCUCUCCAGAGAUUGCCAGGCCUUGGGAGUGUUGGGGGUGCUAGGCAAGUGCUGGAUCACUGAGCCACUCCAGCCCCUCAGUCUUUGAAUCCCACUCUGGCGGGGUAGGGGGGGGAUGACCUCCACCUUGGGGCAGCACAAAAGGCGGGAACAACUGUGAGGUCCUGUAGGGAACUGUUCUCCCUGCAGCAUCAGAUAACCUUUGUGGUGUGAUGCUGGGCACUGUGUGUCAGUCCAGGUACAGGGAAUGGGGAGCCUGCCUCUUCCAUGCUGCUCUUCCCUAAGCCUGGGAGGGGCAUUAAAUUCCUGAGACAGCAGGGACCAAGGUUUAGUGAGGAUAGAAGACUUCAGGAGCCUUCCCUGCACCUCCAGAAUUGGGAGUCCCCUCGAUCUGUAGUCUCACCAAUCCACCCUGGAACCCCAAGAUUUCUCUCAUGGGUUAUGAGCCACAAGUUCCAAGAAGUUGAUCAGUGUGCUCAGGGCCAGGUAUGUAGCAUGUAGAAGUGAGAUCCAAACUAGGUCUCUAAACCAAAGUCCCUAACUGUUGUAAGUAGUCAUGGUUUAUGUUUUGUUUUUCUUGGAUUAGGCCAAUAGGAAGCUUAAAGACAAGUUUGCGAUCAUUUUGAACAUUUAACCGGCUUCAUUCUAGCCUUUUGUAUGUACCUUUACCCUGAUUUAUUUUUAUUCUACUGUAUUUAAUCUGUCUUAUUAAGGUGCACCAAGAUCUUUUUGCAACAGUGUGGCAUAUACAUAAAUAAAACUCAUGAAUA